GCAAUUCAAAAGUGGUCCAAAUUGCAAAGGCAAAAAUAACAGAAAUUGCAAAAUUAACACUUGCAAAUUCAUGUCUCAUAAAUUUGGAGGACCAAAACAGCUUAAGAAAUUAGGUACUUUAAAGCUAUAUUCCAAGCUAUUGGGGAUCAUUUUUGUCAUUUUUCAAACAUAUUAAAUCUUACAGGCAGGGCUUUUGAAUUGAAAAAAGAGCCAGGGGAAAAGGAAGGAAAGAGAGGGGAGAAGAAGAGAUUUAAUCGUCUGGAGCUGGAUUGAUUGUAUAAGAAAGAGAGCGAGAGAGAGGCAUAGAUACAUCGGCUGUUAACGAGUCUUUUUUUUUUCAAUGGGUGAAGAAGACGAUACUGCUGCUGCUAUAAGAGGGUUAGAAGAAGCAGUUAUCUCCGAGCCGGGGGAUCCUUGUCUUCACUUUGAUCUCGGGAUGUUGUUAUGGGACAAGGCAGCAUCAGCAGGAGGAGGAGGAGGAGGAGAAUUGCGAGAAAAAGCCGCACAACAUUUUCUCACAGCAGCCAAGCUCAACCCACAAAAUGCUGCUGCUUUCACUUAUUUGGGACAUUACUAUGCUCGAGUAUCUCUCGACUCUCAAAGGGCUAUCAAGUGUUAUCAGCGAGCCCUCUCCCUUAAUCCCCAUGAUUCUAUUGCUGGCGAAGCUAUUUGUGAUUUACUCGACUCUACUGGAAAAGAGACCUUGCAGAUAGCUGUAUGCCGUGAAGCUUCCGACAAUUCCCCCAGGGCCUUUUGGGCUUUUUCCAGAUUGGGUUACCUUCUGGUCAACCAAAAUAAGUGGUCCGAAGCAGCGCAGUGCCUUCAGCAGGCCAUUAGGGGUUAUCCCACAUGUGCUGAUUUGUGGGAGGCCCUGGGUCUUUCCUACCAGCAAAUGGGCAUGUUUACCGCUGCUGUUAAGUCCUAUGGAAGAGCUAUUGAAUUGGAGGAAUCAAGAGUAUUUGCGCUGGUGGAAAGUGGAAAUGUCUAUUUGAUGCUUGGUUCGUUUCGAAAGGGAAUAGAGCAGUUUCGGCAAGCUUUACAAAUCUCACCGAUGAAUUUGUCUGCACAUCAUGGGCUUGCCUCUGCACUCCUUAGUUUGGCAAAGGAAUCUAUUGAUUCUGGCGCCUUCAAAUUGGGAGCUUCACUCUUAGAGGAAGCCUCGAAAGUUGCGCUAGCAAGUACUUCGAUUGUUGGCAAUAUAUCUUGUGCUUGGAAGCUGCUUGGAGAUAUUCAGGUCACAUACGCAAAAUGUUUUCCAUGGAUGGAUGAAGGAAUGGGCCUAGGAGCUGACGAAAAUUCAUUCACUAGUUUGAUCCUGUCAUGGAAGAGAAUGUGCUGUGUAGCAGUCAGAUCUGCUUGUUGCUCCUACCAACGGGCUUUGCAUUUGUCCCCUUGGCAAGCUAAUGUGUAUACUGAUGUUGCCAUUGCAUCUGAGCUACUUUUCUCAUUAAGGGAGAACAGUAAAGCUGACAUGAACUCUUGGUUUGUGUCUGAAAAGAUGUGCCUUGGAGGCUUAUUACUUGAAGGUUGCAAUAGCGAGUUUUGGGUAGCUUUAGGGUGUUUAUCUGAUCAUUCUGCAUUGAAACAACAUGCUUUCAUACGGGCACUGCAGUUGGAUGUAUCUCUUGCAGUUGCAUGGGCACAUCUUGGAAAGCUUUAUAGGCUGGAGGGGGAAAGUCAAUUGUCUCAGCUAGCAUUUGAUCGUGCAAGAAGUAUUGAUCCUUCACUUUCAUUGCCAUGGGCAGGCAUGUCGGCUGAUGCUUCUGCACGGAAUAUGAAACCAGAUGAGGCUUAUGAGUGCUGUCUGCGGGCGGUUCAGAUCUUUCCACUUGCAGAAUUCCAAACAGGUUUAGUUAAGCUUGCUCUGCAUUCUGGUUAUCUGCAAUCACCAGAGGCAUUUGGAGCCAUCCAGCAGGCUUUGCAGCGUGCACCUCAGUAUCCGGAAUCUCACAAUCUGAAAGGGUUAGUUUGUGAAGCACGGAGUGAUUAUGAUAGUGCUGUUGCGUCAUAUAGGCUGGCACGCGUUGCUGCCAGAGUUUUUGCAGGAAAACUUCCAAAAUCAUAUCUUGCAGAUAUAUCUAUUAAUUUGACCAGGUCACUUUGUAAGGCAGGAAAUGCUGAUGAUGCUAUUGAAGAAUGUAAAUAUUUGGAAAGCAAAGGUCUUCUGGAUGUAGAAGGUUUGCAGCUUUAUACACUUUCUUAUUGGAAACUGGGCAAAUAUGACCUUGCUCUUUCGAUGGCAAAGAGACUGGCCUCAUCUGCUUUACCAACAGAGCAUCCAUUGGCUGCUGCCUCCCUCAGUUUCAUCUGUAGAUUAGUAUAUCAUAUUUCAGGGCAGGAAUUAGCUAUUAGAAACAUUUUGCAACUACCAAAAAGAGCCUUCCAGAGUUCAAAAGUUAGGCUUGUAGCAUCUGCUAUGCAUGCAUUAGAUGAAAGUCAUCAGCUUGACUCAGUUGUUUCAAGUGUUCAUGAGUCUCUUUCUUCUAGCAAAGAGAUUGCUGCACUGGAUUUCCUGGCCACACUGGGCUUACUAGUCAAACAUGGAUCCCAGGACUACCUCGAAGUUAAGAAGGGGGUCAAUUAUCUAAGAAGAGCUCUUCAUAUUUCUCCAAACAGUCAUUUGAUAAGGACCCUUCUUGGCUAUCUAUUAGUAUCCAGCAAAGAAUGGAAAGAUGUUCACAUUUCAGCUCGAUGCUUCAUAGUGGAUCCUUCUGAACAUCAGAAAAAGGAAGGUUUUAAAUCCAGUGUUGAAAUAUUUGGUGCUGGAGCAGUUGCUUGCUGUACUGUGAGGAGCGGCAACAAGACAUUACCCAUGUCCAUCUGUAGAGAAAAUUCGAAGUUAGCGUGCAAAACAAUCAAGAUGCUGCAGAAGUGUGUCCAUCAGGAGCCUUGGGACCAUCAUUCGUAUUACCUGCUUGUACUGAACUAUUUUCAGCAGGCGCGGGAGGAGAAAUUUCCGCAUAACCUGUGUGUUGUUCUUGAGAGGUUAAUUAAUGUGUCUCUUCAAAGUGAGUUUUAUGCAAAGGAAGACAUUUCUUCCCAAUACCAAAAGUUCCAGCUUCUGCUUUGUGCUGCAGAGGUUAGUUUGCAAUGUGGGAAUAAUUUCGAGUGUAUUAUGCAUGCAAAAAGUGCUCUACAGAUGCAGCUUUCAGAUAACUACCUUUUCUUUGCACACUUGCUACUGUGUCGUGCCUAUGCCGUGGAAAAUAAUUAUGUUGGGCUUCAUGAAGAGUAUGUAAGGUGCUUGGAGGUCAAAACUGAUUAUCAUAUUGGUUGGAUUUGUCUUAAGUUUCUUGAAAGUCGAUACAAGCUGCACUCAGAUUCCAGUUCGUUAGCCUUGGCCUUUCAAGAGUGUAGCAAAGAAAUAAAAACUUCAUGGAACAUGUGGAUUGCUAUAUAUAAUUUGGUCCAAGGUCUAACUGCAGUUUGGAACGGGGAAUUUAUUGGUGCAGAAGAGUCCCUUGCGCAAGCUUGCUCGUUAGCUAGUGGCGAGAGUUGCCUUUUUCUUAGCCAUGGUGCUAUUUGCAUGGAGAUUGCCAGGCUGCAGUCUGAUUCAGAAUUUUUAUCACUUGCUAUUAGAAGUCUGAAGAAAGCAAAAGACAGUUCUUCGCUACCGCUACCCUUUGUCUCACUACUACUGGCACAAGCAGAAGCUAGCCUCGGCUCUGAAUCGAAGUGGGAAAAGAACCUCAUUGAGGAAUGGUCAUCUUGGCGACCAGAGAUUAGGCCUGCUGAACUAUUUUUCCAGAUGCAUUUGCUUGCUAGACGGCUGAAAGAAGGUUCUGCAGCUAUCUCUAAUCUGGAGCCGGCUACAAGUCCUCUAAGAUGGAUACUUCAAGCAAUCCACAUGAAUCCGUCUUGUUUGAGAUAUUGGAGAGCUUUGCUGAAGUUGUUCGACAACUAACUCAAUUCGGUCCUUUAUGCUACUACUGGCUAGGCAUUUAAUUUUUCAUUUAUCUCUGCCUUUGUUUGGCUAGGCAUAGUGUAAUUUAGGAUUCCUUCUUUUCUUUAUUUGGCCAGUUUAAUUCUCCUUCCUUCUGUGCAGCAGUCCAUUCCUUCCACCUAACGUGUAUCGUCAUAUAUGCAUAAUUUGGCCAUAGGUAUCUCAUAAUGUAGACUGGCAGCUGUAUCAGUCUCAUGUUUCUGACGUUUCUGGCAGGUUUGGCAAGUGUUAUCAGGGUUGGGAAAGACUGGUUAACAAUUUCUUCUUGAUUGUUCAUAGUGAGGGAAAACGUUAUAAUUUUAUUGCAGUUUGUUAAUUUACAUAUCAAACACAUGAGCUCUUAUUGAA